AACACUUGUUUGGGAGAUGGGAAGAACCUAGGCAUGAAUGCUUAGUAUAUAAACAUGGAGCAUCAAGGGAGAGAUAUCAUUUCUUCGUGAUUACUACGAGUAGAACUGUGAUAUUGUUAAGUUUAACAGAUAAAAUGAAGUUCCUUUGUGUAUUAUUUGCGAUUGUGUGCGCAGUGGCAGCACAAGAAUAUUACGUGGAACUCGUUGAUGAUGGCUACCCAGAAGGGUACCUAGAACCUCAAAUGAGGGUACGCCGUGACCUCACACUAGACCACAAAGUUGGGAAUAAUGGUAAAGUUUUUGGAACCCUUGGAGCCAAUGACAAUGGAUUAUUCGGUAAAGGAGGAUAUGAACACCAGAUCUUCGAUGACCACAGAGGAAAGCUAACGGGUCAGUUAUCUGGUACCCGAGUGCUGGGACCUCUUGGCGACUCCUCUCACCUCGGUGGAGGUUUGAACUGGCAAAACUCCAAUGCUGCUGCAUCAUUGGAUGUCAGCAAACAGAUUCAUGGACCCACUUCUUGGUCUGCGUCUGGUGGUGGAAAAUGGCCAGUUGGUAAGAACGGCGAUUUCUCACUCCAAGGCACCUACGAUCAAAUUUCUGGACGUCGCCCCGAUUACGGCGGCAGAGCUGUCUACAACCACCGUUGGUAAUUGUUACUUGUUAUGAAUUAAAGUAUUUAUUUAUUAA